GUACAACUGAGGUAAAUGAGUACAUGGGUAAAGUAACUAUGGACAUUUGUAGAUUAACCCGCGGCUUUCAGCUCUCUAUCCCGAAUUCUCCAGUGAUGAGAACCACUAACAUUUCAGCUUACGGGAAAAAAAAAAUAAAAUAAAAUAAAACACCUGGCAAUGAGAAGGAUUCCGACAAAGACCCGAACUCCAGCAUAUACAUACCACCUAUGUAGCAGGGUUGUCCACAAAUAUAUAUUAACCUAGUAGCUGGCUUCCCGUCUACCUCUAGGUAACCCCGAAGUUUUAAAACCUCGGAAUUCCUAGAUGCCUAUAUAAUUGCAAGCCUACACCCCCAGCUUAGCUUUGUAUUAUACCGUUCGUCUCUAGUCUCUAGUACAACCUCAUCAUGGUACGAACAAACCUACCUCCCCGCGGGCCCUCCAAGCCCGUCGUCGUCCCCCAAACCCGGCGUCCGCUCACCGGGCUCUUCGCACUCGCCUUCGCGGGCCUAUCCGUCCUGUUCACAUGGCUGAUGCGCGUGGAGACCAUCGUAAACGGUGUGCCUCCAAACUUCGACGUCGUCGUGCUGGGGGGCCGUUUCGACAAUGGCAUCCUUGUCGAGGACAGCUACACGGGCAUCAAGGUUGUUGAUGAGCUCGCCAGGUACCUCGUCAUUGCGUUCCUCGAGGGCACCGCGCGCUGGGACGUCGGUGCGUAUACCCUGCAGGAGUAUUUCUUAUUCGAAUGGGUUGCUGUCGUGUGUGUCUGGGGUGUGGAGGCUAGUCGCAGACGGAAUGCUUGGACGGCUGUCAGUUUUAUUGGGAUUACUUCGUUUCUAUACCAGGUCCUUGGUGCAGCCGUAAUCGCGCCUCUGUAUUACUUAGCAUACGUGGUGACGUCUCGACGGGAUGGAUACUACUUCCAGGGCCGAGAGUUAUCCGCUGGCCAUGCGGCGUCGCUGCUCCCGGCUAUUAUCAUUGGAUACCUUAUCCCGACGGUCGCCAUGUACCACCUGUGGACAGACGUCAAGACGGUGCAGUACCUGACGGCAUUCUGGCAGCCCGCCCCUAUUUACGCCAUCGUGUUAGUCCCGAUUUUCUCUUUCCUAGGAUCUUCAUCGCCAACAUCGGUCGCCAAGAAUGGUGAUGUCAAGCACCUCAAGCGGGUGUACCUGAUCGUCGGGCUUGUAACAACAGUUGCGCACGUUGGCACGCUUUACGCCUGUCUCACGUCGAACGAUCCGAGGCUUUCGCUCAGCUAUGUGUUCCUGCCGAAUAGAACUACUUGGAAAGACAGCAUGGGCUUGGGACUGCACUACAUUUUCCAGAUCGACUUCAUCGGUGCGUUCGGCUCCACGCUGUUCUGGUGCUGGCUCGCCGUUUACGAUGUCCUGCGGAUACUCAGCAAACCUACUACCAUGGACUUAAUCAAGACAGCACUAGGCAUUGUAUUUGUUACGCUUGUAGCCGGCCCGGGUACUGCGAUCGUUUCAGUUUGGAACUGGAGGGAGGAUAGACUCGUCAUGAUCGAGAGCGGCGUUAAGGGAACCUGGAAGAAGUCGAAGGCCGCGUAGAUAGAAUAGAGGGUUAUAUCUACCGUACCUACCUAUCAGCCUAUCAAUGUCUUCCGAAAAAAAAAUCGACUGUGGCGUCGGAUUUGUAAAUCAGGCUGCUUCUUAAUUCUCACGACUUAUGCCGCUAUGUGCAAUCGAGUUUCACGAAAAUGAAUGUCUACCC